CACUACUAUUCCACGAUUAUUUUUAUAAAUUCCUUUUUUUGACUCCUUCCUUCAAUCAAGUUCAAAGACAAUCACAGGCUCUCUCCUUCUGUCUCCACGUUACUAAUUUUCCGGAAUUGCAAAUCCUCAUUCUUCAAUUAUUCUUUUAAAUAUAUUUCCCCAUAUAAUCUGUUUAAAUGAUAAUCAAAUUUUUGUGUCGCACCCCUUUUCUUUCCUAUGUCACCUCCUCAAGAACUUCAUUUUUUAGCUCAAAACGUCACUUCUUCUCUAAUUAUCCGACAAAAGUCAUCAGUUUCUGCAAAAAUCAAGGCAAAUUGACCAAGAUUAGGUGUAGUAUUUACCUACACACAAGGUCCUCUGUGAGUUGCUCUGUAACUCCAGCAAUGGCAAGGGAGAAGGAAAUGGAACAAGUGGACAGAAUAUUAGAUGCAAAAGAGGAUGACCAUGGUGGGGUGACAGUGGAAAUGACUAAUGAGCCCUUGGACCCUUCUGUCUUUGGUUCUUUGCUUAGAGCCUCACUUUCUCAUUGGAGACAACAGGUGGACAUGCUUGCAGGGUAAAAGAGGUGUUUGGAUCAAGUUACCUAUUGAGCUUGUAACGCUUGUUGAACCUGCUGUUAAGGAAGGAUUUUAUUACCACCACGCAGAACCAAAAUACUUGAUGCUUGUGAAUU